AUGUUGUCGAGGUCUUCUUUCGGCCGUACCGCGCAGCGUGCGCUCCGGACACACACUGUCAGCAGUUGUCGGGCCUUCGCCUCUGCCGGCUCCCCAAGCCUGCAAUAUGAAACCACCGAGGCCGCCGGCAUCAAAGUGGCCAACCGAGAGAUAGAAGGCCCUACCUCUACGCUGGCCCUCGUUGCAAAGGCUGGUUCCCGCUACCAGCCAUUCCCGGGCUACACAGAUGCUCUUGAACGGUUUGCUUUCCAGUCUACUUUCAAACGAUCGGGUCUGCGUAUCACUCGCGAGGCAGAGCUUUUGGGUAGCGACGUCACAGCCAAGCACACACGCGAAAACCUCGUCCUCCAGGCCAAGUUUCUGUCUGGAGAUCUUCCAUACUUUGCCGAGCUCCUUGCAGAGGUCAGCUCACAGACAAAGUACAGCAUCCAUGACUGGAAUGAGAUUGUUCUUCCAAACCUCAAACUCCGCCAGCAGGUCCUCCUUUCAAACCCAGAGACUUUGGCCGUAGACGCAGCUCAUGCCUCUGCUUUCCACCGUGGUCUUGGUGAGAAUGUCUUCGCCACCAGUGCCACUCCAUUCGAAUCGUAUUUCUCGGAGGACGGUAUUGUUGAGUUCGCUCAGAGCGCCUAUGCUAAGCCUAACAUCUCCCUUGUCUCUGUUGGACCUAACUCCGCGGAGGUGUCCAAGUGGGUGAGCCAAUUCUUUGCUGAGCACCCAGCUUCGGCAGCGGCCGGUCAAUUCAAGGUCAAGGACACCGUGCCUUCCAAGUACUUCGGUGGUGAGCAGCGCACUUCCAGCAAGGCUGGUAACGCUGUUGUCAUUGCAUUCCCCGGCUCUGCUCAGUACGGCGCCUCCGGAUACAAGGCCGAGGUUGACGUUCUCGCUGCUCUCCUCGGCGGCGAGUCCUCUAUCAAGUGGUCUCCUGGCUUCUCACUUCUCGCCAAGGCCGUUGAGGGCGAGACUGGUGCACGUGUUUCGACAAAGAACUUUGCUUACUCUGACGCUGGACUGUUUGCCAUCACCAUCACUGGCAAGGCUGAUGCGGUUACCACAGUUGCUAAGCGCGCUGUCGAUGCCGUCAAGCAGGUUGCCGCCGGCGAGAUCCCUGCUGAUGAGAUCAAGAAGGCUAUUGCAUUGGCCAAGUUCCGUGCUUUGGAAGCCGCACAGCUUGCUGAGACGGGCGUUGAGCUCACCGGCUCUGCCUUGAUCAGCGGCAGCAAGCCAUACCAGAUCAGCGAGCUUGCUUCAAGCUUUGAGGCUGUCAGUCCUCAGAAGAUCCAGGAGCUCGCCAAGUCCUUCAUCUCCGGCAAAGCCUCCUUUGCCGCAGUUGGAGACCUCCACAAGCUCCCAUUCGCCGAAGACCUUGGAUUGUCAGCUUAG